CCGAGAAAGGUAGCCAGUGAGAUAGGCUACCCUGUUUCAUAAAAAUCUCCACAGUAUGUAAUCUUGGCAUGUCAAUUCAUUCACACGGAUGUAGCGCGACGACGUUAAAUGACUACCUAAUCUGUAGAGGAAAGUGAGCGAGUCGUGAGUCAUUGGAUACUGUGGGGAAGGAUUCCCGGUCCUCCGCAGUUGCGGCUGCAAUGCCCCAGCCGUUCGUGCGAGAGGGAAAACGCUGUAGCCUACAAGCGAUGCAGAGGAAUGGAAUCUUUUUUGAACAAUGCCUAAGAACAUUCCUAUCGUUUCAAAUGAAAUGAUAUCAGUCUAGAGCUGCGACAGAAAUACAAGCGAUUUUAUUCACAUUGGGCAUGGAUUGAGGAAGGCGUGAUUUUUAAGUAGUUUAAUACAAGCUGCGAAGUCAAACGUCUGCAGGACACCGGAUUGAAGGUCUCUCCAAAAUAAUUUCAGUCUACGCAAUGAGGAGGAUUUGUUUCCGUCACCUUCGAAUAGACGACCAAAUGAUUACUGUUUUCACCUGGAUGACCGACAGCAUAACGUUACAUUGAACGUCCUACUAAGUCCGGGAUGAAUUUAUCCUAUUCCAAAAUGGGGAGUGAGAUUCUGCCAUCACUGGAGCAUUUUAUGCUAACACCCCUUGUCACCUGGGUGAAGACGUUUGGGUGCAUAGGUGAGAAGGAUGGCAGUGUACUUUCAGAGUAUACUGAGUUAGUGGAUGGGUACUACCUGAACAAAAUAAUGGGGGAAAUAGAGGCCAAAGAGGUCAGCGCGCGGGUGAAGAAAGCAGAGGGCGAACCGAGCCAAAGGAUCCAGAACCUCAUGGCCAUGGUGCAGCACAUGAAGACCUACUACCAGGAGACUCUCCAGCAGCUGGUCAUGAUGCCCCUACCCAACGCACUGGUGCUGGGCAAGAACCCUUUCUGUGAUCAGAGCCUGGAGGAGAUGAAGAAGUUGUUGCUGCUGCUACUGGGAUGUGCAGUGCAGUGUCACAGAAAAGAAGAAUACAUUGAGAAGAUCCAGUCGCUGGACUUUGGCACUAAAGCCGCCAUAGCGUCUCACAUCCAAGAGGUCACUGACAGCCAGGACAGCGUGCUUGACCUGCAUUGGCUGGAGGUCAGCGACAUUUGCCCUGAUGACCUGGACGCUCUCUCCAGGAAUAUGGCAAUGCACCUCCGCAGGCUGGUGGACCAGCGAGAUCAGCAGCUGGAGACCAUCAUGGAGCUGCUGCAGGAGAGGGAGAAUGGUCAGCUGACCCCGACGAGGACGCCGUCCCCAGGGGACCCCAUGGGCCUCCACCUGCCCGCCUCACAGCAGCACCUGGCCGUCGAGCUGGCCGACACCAAGGCCAAGAUACGACGCCUCCGACAGGAGCUGGAGGAAAAGAGCGAGCAGCUUUUGGACUGCAGACAGGAACUGGAGAGUAUGGAGACUGAGUUGAGGAGAGUCCAGCAGGAGAACAUGCAGCUGCUGACGGACGCGCGGGCAGCGAGGACGUACCGGGACGAGCUGGACGCGCUACGGGAGAAGGCGCUGCGAGCCGACAAGCUGGAGAGCGAAGUGGGCCGCUACCGCGAGCGCCUCCACAACCUGGAGUUCUACAAGGCCAAAGUGGAGGAGCUGAAGGAGGACAACCAGGUGCUGCUGGAGACCAAGGCCAUGCUGGAGGAGCAGCUGGAGGGCUCCAGGGCUCGCUCAGACAAGCUGCACCAGCUCGAGAAGCACAGCUUGCAGCUGCAGGCCAAGAUCCACGACAUGGAGGAGGAGCGUGCGUCGGACCGGCGGCGCAUCGAUGAGCUGCUGGAGGAGAACGUGUUUCUGGAGAUGGCCCAGAGGAGGAGCAUGGAGGAGUCGCAGCACCUGGGCUGGGAGCUGGAGCAGCUCAGCAAGGCCUCCGACACACCAGAGGGAUCAGUGCUGAAGUCUCUGGAUGAGGAGGUCGCUGAGAGGACCUGCAGCCGCCUGCUGAGGCUGGAGAGAGAGAACCAGAGCCUACGUAGAACCAUAGAGGAACUCAGAGGAACCAGGGAACCUUCUGAAGAACACACGAGAGAUACGGGUAUAUCUCAUAAAGUGAGGCUGCUGAUGGAGGAGAACGAGCUCCUGAACCGGAGCAUCUCCUCCCUCAAUCAGAUGGAUGAGACUAUUACUGAAGCUCCCUCUGAAGGCGACCUGAUGAAGGCAGAGUCUCUGUCGGAGUCUGUAGACGUCAGCGACAGCACCGACAACAGGAGGCUGGUGGAGCAGGAGGAGCGUGAGGAGGCUCAGAAGGAGGCCGGGCUGAGGGAGGUGUCGGAGGAGGAGGAGGUGCAGCAUCACCUGAAGAAGGGCGAGAUAAGGAGAAACAACCUGCAGGAGAAGGGAGAUCCUUCCAAGCUUGAGGAGGAGGAGGAGGUGGAGAAGGAGGAGAGCGGAUCUCCAGGAGGUCUGAAGAGGAGAAGCAUGGAGGUCUACACCUCCAGCCCAGACUCGUCCCCCCUCAAGCCCCGCUCGGAGGCCAGCCCGCUGGGCCAGAGCCCGUCCAUCUCCCCAGCCCGGUCCACCAGCACUGGCAAGCUCAGCCACCGGCCCGAUUCCAACCAGCCCUGCUGCGCCGCCCGGGACGCGGAGAACCGGCGCCUGGCCUCGGCGCUGGACAACUCGGCCCGGUGCCUGCGGCGGCUGGAGGGGGAGCUGCGCGAGCUGGAGGCCGAGAACCAGGCGCUGCAGCGGUCGCUGGAGGAGCUGCGGCUGGCCGCGCGGCGCCUGGAGCGGGCCGAGGCCGACGGACGCGCCCUGGAGCGGGAGGCGGCGCAGCUGGAGCGCGACAAGGGCCGUCUGGAGAAGGAGAACCGGCGGCUGCGGCAGCGGGCCGAGGUGCAGGACGCGUCGCUGGAUGCCAGCGCGCUGCGGCAGACCACCCUGGAGAAGGAGAACCGCGCCCUGAGCAAGGAGCUGGAGGCGCUGCGGGAGAACGGCGCCAGGGUGAAGGAGCUGGAGAUGGAGGCCAGGGAGAUGAUGAAGCAGGCGGCCAUCGACCAGCGGACUCUCAGCACACUGAGGGAGGAGCUGGUGAGUGAGAAGCUGAGGUUCCAGCAGCGAGAUAAUGAGGUGAGGAGACUCACACAGGAGAUGGAGAGAAUGGGCUACAAACAGCAGCAGGAAGAGCAGCAGCUGCAGGAGCCUCUGUCUGCAGACCUGCAGGAUGUACUAAAUGAGAAUCGGUCUAUGCAGCUGCAGCAUCUGGAGUCGGAGCUGGAGUUGUCUCUGAAGAAGUGUGUGGAGAUUAAGGAGGAGAAGAUGGCCGCCCUGGAGGCCCGUCUACAGGAGUCCUCCAACCUCAACCAGCAGCUGCGCCAGGAGCUCCGCUCUGUGAAGCUGAGCUACGAGGCCCUGCUGCAGAGGCAGGAGGAGGAGGAGCGUGCCGGACCAGACGGGCUGGGCUCUAGGGAGGGCUCGGUCAGAGAGUGGCAGCGGGAGAGCCAGGAGGCCACACGUGAACUCCUCAGGGUCAAGGACCGCCUCAUCGAGGUGGAGAGGAACAACGCCACCCUGCAAGGGCGUCAGGCCCUGCAGACGCAGCUGCAGCAGCUGCAGGCGCAGACGGACAGCCUGCGUGGUCAGGUCCUGGCCCUGCAGCGACAGACCGCCUCCCUGCAGGAGAGCAACACCACCCUGCAGACACAGAACGCCCAGUUACAGGUGGAGAAGUCCACUCUGAACUCCCAGAGCGCCGCCCUGCUGGCGGAAAACGCCCAGCUCCAGCGUCAGCAGUGCAGUGCGGAGAGCGAGCGGGACGGGGCGGUGCGCGACCGCGAGGACCUGCGCACGGUCAACGAGUUGCUGCUGCGCGACCACGAGCGGCUGGCGGCGCUGCACGAGCGCCAGGCUGCCGAGUACGAGGCGCUCAUCGGCCGCCAUGGCGGUCUGAAGAGCCAGCACCGGGGCCUGGAGCUGGAGCACCACGCACUGGAGGACAGGUAUAACAUACUGCUGCAGCAGAAGACGCAGCUGGAGGUGCUGGAGAAGGCUCUGCGGGAGGAACAGAAGCAGCUGCAACAGGAGAGAGAGACACUCAGGAGCACCACCUCUGAGUGCCAGAGACUCAGGGACGAGAAGGACUGGCUGAACCAGACCUACCAGAAGCUCUUGAGGGAGAACGAGGAGCUGCAGGCCGAGCACAAGAGCCUGAAGAGCCUGCUGAACGCCUCGCGCCUGGAGCAGACGCGCCUGGAGACCGAGCUGUCCAAGCUCCGCGAGCAGCACCAGCAACUGGACAUCGCCUCCACCAAACUCACCAACCAGUGCGAGCUGCUGACACAACUGAAGAAGAACCUGGAGGAGGAGAACCGGCAUCUGCUUGACCAGAUCCAGACCCUGAUGCUCCAGAACCGGACUCUGCUGGAGCAGACCAUGGAGAGCAAGGACCUCUUCCACGUGGAGCAGAGACAGUACAUAGACAAGCUGAAUGAGCUGAGGAGACAGAAAGAGAAACUGGAGGAAAAGAUCAUGGACCAGUACAAGUUCUACGACCCCUCACCUCCAAGAAGGCGAGGCAACUGGAUUGCCCUGAAAAUGAGGAAGCUGAUCAAGUCGCGGAGCCGUGAGCGAGAUCGAGACCAAGAAGACCGGGGGCGAGAUCGGGACCAAGACCGGGAUCGACAUUGCGACCGCAUCCGCUCGCUGACGCCCACGCGCUCUGAGUCGUGCGAGGGUCUCCCGUGCCACGACAACGGCUCGUUCGUGAGCUCGCAGGGCUCGGCGGAGUCGGGCGCCAACUCGCUGGACGACAGCCUGUCGCCCAAGCGCAGCAGCAGUAAGGACUAUGCUGAGGAUGUGGCACGCUCCAGCCAGGGCUGUAACGAUGAGCGCCAAAGUCAGGUUGGUCUAAACGGCACCCAGAGUGAGAGCAGUGGUGAGUUCAGCCUGGAGAACGAGGGCUGGUCCAGCAGCAGCAGCCCAGUCCAGGGCGCCUCCUCUUCCCGUCGGGGUAGCGACGGCUCCCCCGCACCCCCAGCCUCCGCCUCCACCCCUCUAACCCAGGCCUCCGCGCCCCCCAAGCCCCCCCGUGAUGGGUCAGCCCUGGAGUCCUACGCCUCCGGCCGCGGGGUGUGGCGCUCCAGUAGUGGCCGUGCGACGGGCCCCCGGGGGGUCCUGAGCCAGACCCAGGCCUUCCGCACCAUCGCCAUCACCAUAGAGGGCAGCAGGGCUACUGGGGCCAGCCCACCUCCCACGGUCCAGGUCCAGGACAAGUCGUCUGGUGCCGCUGGGUGUCUGGACUGCUUCUCGGCGCCGCUGAGGAGAGAGGGUCAAGGGGGUCAGGUAGGUCAAGGUCAGGGGGGUCAAGGUCACAGUGUCAGCAGGGGUCAAGGUCGGGUGUUGCGGGCUUUCUCCACACUCCCGCGUGCCAGCAAUGUCAUAUCCACCUCCGAGGGCUCCAGCCGGCGCGCCAGCUUUCACAGCAUGAUGUCCAAAUCUGCCACGCCCUCACCCCGCAAGAAUGGCACAGACGUCAAGGACAUUACCGCCAACCCAAACCAGAUCUCCAACCCAACCUCCAACCCCUCCUCUGCGCUGAUGGAGCCUGCAGGAGGAGACUCUUCCACAGCAGCAGCAGCAGCGGAGAUGGAGGCCUCCCUGGAGCCUCCCGCCCUCUUUGGCUCGCCCUUCACCCUGGAUUCAGUCUUUACCAACACCAUAUUCAGCGAGUCCAGCCUGGUCAGCAGCGGUGGCAAGAGCCAGACCUUCCUCUGCCUCAACCCGGCACUGGUCCAUAACAUCAGCAGCGGCCCCCCGCUCUCUGCCGACAUACGGUCCUUCGAGGAGGAGCGAGAGGAAUUGUCGGAGCUGGGUGACCUCCACAGGGAGCAAGACGAGGCCCAGGAAGGGGAGUCAGGCCAGGGGCCGCAAGACUGCUCAACUAGCGAGGACUACAUGACAGUCACGGAGAGGUCUGCCUCCCUAGCCCCAGACAACAAACACUCUCUGAUGGCGUGAGCAGGAGCGUAGACAAAAGGGUGGUUUAAGUUUAUGGCCUGAGGUUAUUCAGAAUGUUUUUUUUUUUUUACCCAGUCUGAGCUUGGUUUGACAACUAAGUGAAAAGCAGCAACAGUGUUCUCUGAAUCAGUUUCCCAACAGAAGUACUGACUAGACAUGUUAGGGGUCAACAUUUACCUCAAAAGAAAAUGUGUCACAUUAUGUCAUGUCUGUGACUACUUACUGACAUUGAUUACCUUUAAUCAAAAACAUGAAGCUCUAGUUGACUCUUUGUGAAACUCUUAUAAUCUGACAACCAGGGAGCCAGUUGAAGCACAUACUGUGGCAUUUGGAUAUAUAUAAAUAUAUAUUUGGACAAUAUCUGACAUUUGGAUUAUAUAACAAAUAUAAAUAUACUGUAUGUCAUAAGUAUAUUUGUUUAGGUGCUUUUCUACCUAACCCUUGAACAUACAUUCAAGAGGGUUUGUACAGUUAAAUUGCUGUUGCAACCGAGAAGAAAAAACAAAUAUCUGUAGGUGUGGUCAUUGAUCAUGUAAUUUUUGUAUAUAUUUGCUGUACACACAAUAACACCUGAGUGAACAUCUGAAGAGAUGAUAGUAUAUAUAGUAGCGGUAGACCUUAGGUAGUAAACCUUACUGGUGAAGAGGGAGAACUGGGGCUUCUCACAGAGAGGAACUAUGGUUGACCUGUUCUAUGUCCAGAGGACAGUUCUAUAUAAAAAAGACUGGGUGCUCAAUGGUUGCAUGUCUAGAGAGGUUUCUGAUUCAACUGAUGAGCACAGACGGGCCAACACCAUGUGUGCUGGACUUUGCUUUAAAGCACUUACUAUUAUCUGAACACGUGUAGGUACGGCACACUGUUGCGAAUAAAAAUACAUGUUUUUGUACACACUGUAAGCAAUGUCAUCAUCAUACAUCAUUAUGUAUAACAGCAAUAGAUUUCACCCUUACUAGGCUGACAUGUAGUAUAAGCACAUCAGACACCUGCAUGAUACGUUUUUUUUGUGCUUUUUUUUCAAUUCAUUGCUGACACAGCUGCUGGUAUGUAUGCUAGUACCUGGUGGAUAAUGAAUGGUCACCACAGCGUCCUGCUCACUACAUUAAUUCAGUUUGUCCCUCCAUGCCCAGUUUGCAUGACCAUUGCAAGUGCCUUUCGGAGUCGUCCUCCAGAGUCCAGACAGUUAUGAUGGGGUAGCGUUUGUGUUAGUCAGUGUGCACAUUUCAUAACAAAAAAAACGAGUUUGUGCUGUUUAACAUUCAGUGCGAUUAACUGGUAAUGCAUUAGUAGUGUUUUCAGUGAUAGUUAUGUCAUUGUUGUUCUUUGUCUGGAAUAUUUUUGUUUAAUUCUUUAUGUUUUAAACACCUGUGUCAGAUAGUACAUGUUUGUGUUGUUACUAAAAUUAUUUAUGUUGUGUUUACAUUGAUAGGCCUUUGUUUGUAUAUUUUUGUUCCAUAUAGUCUAUGUCCAUCUUAGAAGUGUCUGUGUUUUAUGUCUGAGAUUAUUCACAGCACCAUAUUCGCCAACUCUCACUCAGGUGAGGUGAACACCAACCCCCUAUUUGGCUGUGGAGCUUAAUGGCAUCACUCCGUAGACACACACCUGAGCAGACAGCAUAGACGUCAUAACUUAAACGUGAUUUGAGCAUGCAGUGUUUCAUAAUGAAAUGUGACCCUCCAUGUAGGAAAGAAAGAUAGAAGUACGAUGAAUACACAGUGUGGUAAAAAAAGUAUAUCUGACAUGAGAUGGUUAUAACAUAAAUGCUGUACAGUUAUCAGGUAAGGUUUCUACAUAAUGGCUUGAAUAUAACCUUUUUUUCUAUAACAAAAAAGAUCGACUUUCUUUUAAUGUUGAGUGAUUGCAUGUUUGAACGUUCUCCAACUGAUCAUACAAUGAUUCACAGCAAUAAAAUGCAAGGUUACUUCACACAAUACCAAUAAUGCAUAAGUCAGAAGUUCUGCUCAUGUUUUCACUCAGAGUAACAGUUUCUGCCCUUUCAGUGUAAAUGUCAUUCAGUUAAAGUUCAUAGCUUUAAGGUGUCGUGUAAAUGUCAUUUUUAAAAGCUGUUUUGUGUGCAUUCUGUACAUAUUUUAAACAAUAAAGUAUCUUCCGUCCAUGA